UCUUGCUUCUCCUGCGAAACGUCGUGCCAUUUCGAUCGUCUCUCUCCUUUGAUUCGAGUGCGCGGAGCAAGUCUUCUGCUCUGCACUUCUUUGAGCAUCCGUAUACAUGAGCGUCUGCGUUGCGGAAAGAUCGCAUUUUGUUUGCGCGCAUGCGGUCAUAGCUAGCGAAAAAUUAUUGACCCGUCAUUUGGGAGCUUGUGGUAAAGGUUUUUGUGGGUGGUUGGGCUAGCGCAAGAUUCUGAAAUGGUUGGGCUGACUCGUUCUCGAGAUCGUCGCAGCGUGCUGAUAGGUUCGGGUUCAGCUAUGUGUGACUUCACGUGUCACCCGAGCUUCAGAGGAACGGCGAGCAUGUUGAUGAAGAAACAUGGCCGAGGAUCCUGUCAACGUGAAUGAGUAUCAAGAAUCGGCUAGGCAAGCUCUUUCAAAAAUGUACUAUGAUUUUUAUGCGGGGGGAGCGGAAGACCAGUAUACACUUAAAGAGAAUGUGGAAGCAUUUCGCAGAAUAAUGUUUAGGCCGAGAAUCCUCAUAGAUGUGAGCAAAAUUAGUUUGUCAACUACUAUAUUGGGCUAUCACAUUUCUGCCCCCAUUAUGAUUGCUCCAACUUCUAUGCAUAAGUUAGCACAUCCUGAAGGAGAGGUUGCUACCGCAAGAGCAGCUGCUGCAUCUAAUGUCAUCAUGAUUCUUUCAUAUUCGUCUAUGUGCACUGUGGAAGAGGUUGCGUCCAGCUGUGAUGCCAUUCGAUUCUUUCAAUUAUAUGUAUUCAAGAGACGGGAUAUUACGGCUCAGCUAGUACAAAGAGCUGAAAGAAGUGGAUACAAAGCUCUUGUUCUUACUGUCGAUGUUCCCAGACUUGGCAGAAGGGAGGCAGACAUAAAGAACAAAAUGAUAGCGCCUCAGUUGAAGAAUUUUGAAGGUCUAUUCUCAACUCAAGUUGUCUCUGAUGAGGGUUCAGACUUCAAAGCUUAUGCUGAUUCAACUUUGGAUGCUUCUUUGAGUUGGAAGGACAUUGGAUGGUUGAGAUCAAUUACAAAAUUGCCGAUUCUGAUCAAGGGAGUUCUUACACACGAAGAUGUAUACUGUAUCUGUUGUUACUACUAUUGGUUGUUGCGUACUCGACAACCUGAUCAACAAGCUUGUAUGCCCUCAUUGGCAGCAAUUAUGGCAGUGGAAGCAGGUGCAGCAGGGAUAAUUGUCUCCAAUCAUGGAGCUCGACAGCUAGAUUAUAGUCCAGCCACGAUAUCAGUUCUGGAAGAGAUUGUUCAUGCAGUCAAAGGGAAAGUCCCUGUUUUUGUUGAUGGAGGAGUGCGGCGAGGAUCAGAUGUUUUCAAGGCAUUGGCCCUCGGGGCACAAGCAGUUCUGAUAGGAAGGCCUGUAGUAUAUGGGUUGGCAGCAAAAGGGGAAAGUGGAGUUAGAAGGGUCACUGAGAUGCUGAAGGAUAAGCUCGAGCUUACAAUGGCACUAUCUGGAUGUCCCACCAUAAAGGAUAUCACCAGGGGCCAUGUGAUAACAGAUCGCGAGAGACUUCAUUCCUCUCUCUAAAUUCGCGCUGCAGCAUCCAUGAAGAUAAGAUUCACAUAGGUAAAUAAACGAUGCCCUUGUUGUAUUAUCGCUUUUAGUUUCCGAUGUUAUUUGACUAGUUGUCAUGUUUCAUGAUCAAAAAUAAAAUUGGAGUCAGAGUCAGAGCAUCAGUAUAGAUUUGUGAUAGUCAAAGCUGGUUUUUUCUUGGUUCAUCAGUAGAUGUUAAUUUCAAAUAGUACUUUUGAGCAUCAAAUUUGAAGCAUAAAAUCCUUGUAAGACAUGUAAUUGAUCCGUC